AUGGGUGUGAAUGGCUUGCCCAUUACUGUGCCUUCUCCAACGUGUGAUAUUAGUUUUUCGGCUUUCGACCCUACAGUUGACAAUCGUGACGUUUCUGUUCAUGAUCAUAUUUCGGCUCCCUCUCGUGCAUCUGCUGGAAUUGAUCUCUCUGAAUGUGCUGAAUCUGCUAGUCGAAUUCCUGAUAAAUCUGUUGCCGAAAAUUUUUAUUUGAGCGGCUUUUCGAAUUUUGAGAGGAAGCCCCUUGACUUCUCUCAACUGCCUCCGUGGCCUUCUCUUGCUGAUACCUCGGCUGUUAGUAGUGUUGCCUUGCACGAACCUCAUUGUCCGUUUUCUCUGUCACCUUUUUACUCCAAUUUAUUGGAGAAGACGCUUCUGUUGGUUCAAUUUAUUCACGAGGCUCUCAACGCUCUCAACCUAUCUUCAAGCUUCCUUGAUUUUCCUAUCUUCUCAUUGCCUGCUUCCGCCCUUUCUAAGAAACUCUCCUCAAUGCUGUCUGAGAUUGCUUUUUCGUCCCAGACGUCUGCAAUUGCUGCCAGCGCCUUUGAUGUUGUUGCCAAUCCAGACAACGAAUGCUUCAGUCCUUCCAACCUGCCGCAAACACUGUGUGACCUCUCGUCAUUUACAACCGAUUCUUCUACCUCCGACAGCAGCGUGAGAUGUCUUCAAGAAUCAGAUCCAAGUACUGCUCAUCAGGCCCUGUUGUGCAUCGCUUCUUGCUUGUAUACUCAACUACGUCGAACACUGUGGCUUCUUGUGGGACGGGAAUGUCCACCUUCUGAGCCAAAUGAAGGUCACGUGCAGGAGGUCCGCACCACCUCUCCAGUUGGAGUGGACGACGACGUCACGUCACUGUUGUCCAGCUGGUCUGAAUUCUUCCACAAACUCCAAAAUCUUCGCCUCCCCAGCCAGCCAACUGCGCAGCCAGGUCAGCAGCUGGCGGUGGUUGAUGCGCACUGCCUUUGCGGCAUGACCCCCAAAGCUGCCGUCCUCAAGUUAACUUCCACGCACACUCUUAGACCAAAUCACAAAGCUGCACAAACAGAAUCGCCUAAGUCCGCUCUCAGCGGCUUGCUGACACCCGAAGCGCUUCCUGCUUUCACCAGUACGCCUAGAAUUAGGCCAUUGUCUUCACAGCUUACCAAUUUCGAGUUGAGUGAAGCCCUCUUAGAUCGUCCCGGUACGCCGUAUUCGCAGUCGUGUGCCUUCUUUGCGAAGACCUACAGCCAAAGUGAACCAAGCCUUGUACUUUCAUCUCACGCACCCGGACUCCUUCAAGUCUUGCACUCUCUGGAUGCCUUUUCCGAGAAGUUGACUCGAUACGCCGGCGUCGCUCAAACAAUCCAUCCAUUCCCUCUCUCAACACUCUCAGAUCAGCUGUCGAAAUUGCGUUUGUGGCUGGUGCGCACUGGCUGCCAGCAGUCACUCGUCGCCAAGACUGGGGCAUCUCAUUCUCUCCCGAAGACUAUGGCGACCCAGACUAGCGUCCAUGGCUCCUCCAGUGCAUCCUUUGAACUCUCUCCAACAGAACUUCAUCUACGCAAGCUGCUCAAUGUCCGAGACACUGAGGUACUCUACCUCCUGACCAAUCUGCCUGGCGGCGAACGCCUCAUUGACCACGGUUCCUCUCCCAGUGUCGUCCUUUCACCGAGCUACCAUGAGGCCCAACUGCGCCUACUAUCGCACUGGGAUCUAGUUCAGCCGAUUGAUCCCACCUGCAUACCCGUUCGCCGCGUCAUCUUACCUGAAGCCAGCGAGAUUCCACCGACUGCUGCUGCUAUGAAUGGCCAUCACUCGCAGACAUCUACUACCGAAGUCGUCCUGCCGUUAUCACCAUCUCCAACUAACGUUUUAUCGGAAAUUCCAACUGAACCAGCGUUGCCUGGUGCGGAAACAGGCCAGGCGUCACACGACGCAGAGUCUGUGAACACAGCGAAAGCGCUGCUUCGUCGGUGCUACAAACUAAUCAAACAUCUGGCCUUAACCCUUCGACAAACUCUCUCAUCCAGACUGCCUCGAGAGUACACUGAUGAAUUGCUGGACAUGUGUCUUCGCCUAAACAAACUUUCCAACGGCGAGGAUGUGUCCUCUGAGUUUGGGGACGUUCACAUUCUGUGGGACGGCAACUUCCAGAAGAUCCCAGAUUCGCCCGGUUUCGCCAGAAAGUGGUCCAGAGCCCCGGUGCAGGAGUUGGCCUGGGCCAUCGAUGCACUCGAAGACAUCGUGGAGCUACGCUCUCUAACGCAUUUCCUGACUCAACAGUACAACGUCGUGGGCACCGAGCUGGAACAGCAACUCAUUGUUAACUCGGGCCUGCGAAAUAGCCUACGCGAGGCUAAUAAUCGACUCGCGAGGAUCAUCCUCGGUAUUUCACAGGGUAACCAGCGUCUAGCCGUGAUGGCAGAACGCCUCUCCAUGGAAGCCGAAAAGCACGAAGCCGUUAACACUUCGUGCCAGGGGGUCGUAGACGACUCACCAACAUCCCCUGAACCAACUCUGGUACCUGGUGGCGGAGGUCGUGAGGCGCACCAGGCCGAAACCACGGAAUGUGGACCGACAUCGUCGCCUGAAGCACAAAGCGGUGAAACCACCGACAAGGCUGACCAUUCCCGUCGACCCAGCACCCUGAUGCGUCAUCUUCGUGAAGUCAUGAAGAGACCAAUAUCGAGGAAGUGA